CACCUUUUUUAUCUUUCUUUCCGUUCAUUCUCAUAAACAAGAAGAAAUGAAAACAUUCACAGUAGAAGAAGUCGCUAAACAUAACAAGGCUGAUGACAUUUGGAUCAUUAUUGAUGGAAAAGUGUUUGAUUUGACAAAGUUUAUCAAUGAUCAUCCUGGCGGAAAGAAGGUGUUGCUGAAGAAAGCAGGCAAAGAUGCGUCAAAGGAAUUCAAGACAUUUCAUAACGAAGCUAUCAUGCAACGUCUUGGUCUUCCAAUGCAAAUAGGAGUCAUUGGCACUGCAGAAACAGCUAAACCUGAAGCAACCGCUCCUUCUGCUGUGGAACCUCAACCUGCCCCUGUCACAACAAAUGUCACCAAGACAACAGACAUCCGUCAACUUGUCAGUAAUGAUCAAGCCCGAUUUGGUGAAGGCAUCCCUUAUGGUGACCCAACCUGGUACCAAGAUUGGAAUAGCCCAUACUAUAAGGAUUCUCAUAUCAAGCUUCGAAAGGAAAUCCGUGCUUUUGUUGACAAAGAAGUCAUGCCUUAUUGUCACGAAUGGAGUGAGGCCAAAGCAGUUCCCCAUGCAGUUGUGAAACGUGCUGCCGAACUUGGUAUCUUGAAUAUUGCAUCGGGUGCUUCCAAGAAGCCUGGAAACGCAAAGUACAUGAAAUACCCUCUUCCUGCCGGCCUCACAGUUGAAGAAUUCGACAUCUUUCAUGAAUUUGUAUGCAUUGACGAAAUUGCUCGUUGCGGUUCAGGCGGCUUCAUUUGGGCUCUUAUGGGUGGUUUGGGCAUUGGCUUGCCUCCAGUUCUCAACUUUGGCUCUGAAGAAUUAAAGGCAAAGGUAGUCCCUGGAUGUCUUUCUGGUGAAAAGUUUAUUGCUUUGGCCGUGACUGAGCCUUCAGCUGGAUCUGAUGUUGCCAACCUCAAGACAACAGCUAAAGAUAUGGGUGAUUACUACCUCUUGAAUGGUGAAAAGAAAUGGAUCACACAAGGUGGAUAUGCUGAUUAUUAUACUGUUGCUUGCCGUACUGGUGGUCCUGGCAUGGGUGGUGUCUCGCUCCUCUUGGUCGAACGAACAAUGCCUGGUGUUAAUGCUAGAUUCAUGGACUGUCAAGGCAUGUGGGGAUCAGGCACAUCCUAUAUUACCUUUGAAGAUGUUAAAGUUCCCAAGAGUCAUAUUAUCGGCAAGGUGAACCAUGGAUUCAGAUAUAUCAUGCACAACUUUAAUCAUGAACGUUUGGGCAUUGUCAUGCAAGCCAACCGUCUUGCUCGUGUCUGUAUUGAAGAAGCACUCAAGUACUCCUUAAAACGUAAAACAUUCGGUCAACGCUUAAUCGAACAUGCCGUUAUCCGUAAUAAGCUUGGCCACAUGAUUCGUCAAUGUGAAGCAACACACGCUUGGUUAGAAAGCGUUCUUUACCAAGUCCAGACCUUGCCUGAAAAUGUUACCCCCAAUCUUUUGGCAGGCCCUAUCGCUUUACUUAAGGCUCAGAGUACACAAACCUUUGAAUUCUGUGCCCGUGAAGCUUCUCAGAUCUUUGGUGGUUUGGCAUAUACUCGAGGAGGUCAAGGUGAAAAGAUUGAAAGAUUGUACCGUGAAGUGCGUGCGUAUGCUAUUCCUGGUGGUUCCGAAGAGAUCAUGUUAGAUUUAGGCGUUAGACAGGCCUUAAGCAAGGCCAUAGCUGCUUCAAAGCCCAAGUUAUAAUCCUAUGUAAUAAAGACAUAUAUACGCUUAACUUAUUACAUUUAUUUAUAAAGCACAAAGAAGUCUCUUAUGAAGCAAAUCAUAGACGAAUAAAUUAUUCUAUCUUUUCUUGUACCCACAAUGAUUAUUGAUCUG